CCCAGUCAGCUCUCGGGGACGCGAGAGGGAGGCAGCUUGCAACUAGCUCGCCAGCGUUGGAAAUCGACAAGAGGCAGGGAAUGCCUUGCAAUUAGCAGGGAAUUCCCUUCCCCUCUCUUUGGGGCCGGAUUUCCCCUGUCCCUGGGACACAGGAAUGGGCUGACUCUCUCCAUGCACCAGGGAUAGAGAGCGAGAGAGAAUUUAUUUGUGCUAUGAACUCUGCAGAGAAGGCCACGUUUUCAAUGCACGCUCUCCUCAUCUGCAAACAAAAAGUUGCAAUAUUUUUUUUCUUGACACAGAAGCGGAAGAAGCCCACCACCUGCCUAUAGAUCUUAAAUGACCGAGCUGGAAGCAAGAUUUACCACCUCCAGUUCAAAACCCCCCUUGCAUUAAUCUUAGCCGCAUUUUCACUCUGGAGGACACGGGAGGUUGGUUCGAGAUUCUUGCAUUUGACUUUUUUCUUAUAUGUGCGAAAGAUAGCAAUUGGAUCAGAAAUCGCAAGGAUAUUGGCGUUUGUGGAUCAUUAUGUAAUCGGAAGCGAUAAUGCAUGAAGUGGCUGCCUGAAGAGAUAGCAAACAUUGACAAUAAAAACGCCUGGUGCUCAUUCUCAGAAGGAAGGGGCGUUUCAGGAUAUUGUUCAGCGAAUGUAAAUCACGGAAAAGUUGGCUUCUGUGUUGUGACAGUGAUCCGGCUUUCCUGAAUUUGGAAGGAAAUGGUCUGGUGCCUUGGGAGGAUUUUCAGUGACGCGAUCUUCCCACGUGUCAUUCCUCAAUAGCCGCAACUUCAGCUCAAUCUACCGCAAGGAGAAGGGAGAACUAAGCUGCCCCCCCCCCCCCCCCCCUUAUCCAGAUCCGAUCCCAGUAACAAUGGAGCAGGAUAAUAGCAAACAACCGGCGCAGGAAGAGAGGAGCAAGGCUGAGAAGAGGUUCUCGCUGUGGUACAUGGGCUGGUCCACACUGGACAGGAGGACCACCUUGCCCAUGUUGCCCUGGCUGAUGGCUGAGAUCCGUAGGCGCUGUGAGAAGCAAGAGCCCGGGUCAUCCUUGGCGGCGCGGGAAGUCCUCCUCAUUCUCUGCCCACCUCUCAUCAGAUGUGUCCCCCAGGCCACCAGUAGCAACUCGUCGGUCUUCAUCUUCGAGCACAAGGCGCAGCACAUCAUCAGGUUCAUCCACAACAGUCAUGACCUCACCUACUUUGCCUAUCUCAUCAGGACCCAGCCUGACAACCCGGAGACCGAGAUGGCCUGCCACGUUUUCAGAGGCACUGACCCCAACCAGGUCCCUGAUGUUAUCAGCAGCAUCCGACAGGUCUCCAAGGCCUCUUUAAAAGGGGAUGCAAAGUCGCGGCAAGUCAGCGAUGAUGCCUUCUACAACUCGCAGAAGUACGAGGUGCUGUACUGUGGCAAGGUGGUGGUGGCACACAAGAAGGCUCCGUCCACCCUCAUCGACGACUGCAUCGAGAAGUUCGCCCUGCACCAGCGGGAAAGGGAGCGGCUGAAGCUGCUGAACGAGGACUCCCCGACUGAUGCCCCAGCCGGCCAGGAGGAAGCAGAAGCCGGAGAGGGUGCCGAGCUGCUGUGCGACGUGGCUGACGAGGCUACCGUCAACACUAACCUACCCUCCGGCGGUGCCGGCCCGGGCGAGCUGUCGAGCGUGGGCUCCUGCUCGGCACUGACCGAGCCCAGCCCGGCGGACGCGCCAUUCGAGGACGAACAGGCCGAGUUCCGCUCCCGGUGCAACAGCGUCGCCAGCAUCCGGCCCAGGAAGGUGCCCGACCUCGCGGCCAAAGUACCAUCUCGACGUCGCCAUGCCAGUGCCCCAAGCCACGUCCAGCCCUCCGAUGCAGAGAAAAAUAGGACAAUGUUAUUUCAGGUUGGUCGGUUUGAAGUUAACCUCAUCAGUCCUGACACCAAAACAGUCGUGCUUGAAAAGAAUUUCAAGACUAUUUCCUCCUGUUCUCAGGGGUAUAAGCACGUUGACCACUUUGGGUUCAUUUGUCGAGAAAGUGUCGAACCUGGUCUGAACCAGUACGUGUGUUAUGUGUUUCAGUGUGCCAAUGAAUCACUGGUGGAUGAAGUCAUGCUGACCUUGAAGCAGGCCUUCAGCACUGCCGCUGCCCUGCAGAAUGCCAAGACUCAGAUUAAACUGUGUGAGGCCUGCCCCAUGCAUUACCUGCAUAAACUCUGUGAGCGGAUUGAAGGUCUCUAUCCACCAAGAGCAAAGCUUGCGAUACAGAGGCAUGUCUCUCUUCUGAGUGACAAUGAGCAGGCUGAUAUUUUUGAACGUGUGCAGAAAAUGAAGCCAGCCGAUGACCAAGACGAGAACGAACUGGUGAUUCUCAUCCUGAGGCAGAUGUGUGAGACCAAACAGAAGAACCAUGCUCACCUUGGAGAGACCCCUACGCCUUUGCCAAAUAACGUGAUCCCAGAACACUCCGCAAGCAUGGGCAGGUUUAAACUCGACAUUCUGAAAAACAAGGCAAAGAAAUCAUUAACCAGCUCCCUGGAGAAUAUCUUCUCACGGGGAGCCAAGAUGCGCGGCCGAUUAGGGAGCAUGGACAGCUUUGAACGUUGCAACAGCUUGGCAUCGGAUGCAUCCAGGGACGGUUCCCCAGGGGAGUCCCCUCCUGGUUCUCCGCCAGUCAGUCCUCGGGCGUCCCCUCUCUCGUCGCUGGGCCAGCCCUUUGUGGAGCAGGACCCCGACUCGCCGCUCUUCAGGAGACGGGCGCACACAUUCAGCCACCCGCCCUCGAGCAGCAAGCGGAGGAUCAGCUUCCCCAAUGAGAAGCCACACCACGGCAAGUCGCCCAUCGUUCGCCAGCAGUCGGAGAUAUUACAGAGCAGCCCCAUCAACAUCGUGAGACGCAGUCGUUGUGACUCUGAGAGCGAAUCCACUUCCAGCAGCCUCCCUGCCUCCCUGUCCACCCCUUCUUUCCUGAAGUCCUUUUACACCAAUUCGGGCAGGCUGCUGCACCUGCAGUCGGACAGUGGGAGCCCCAAGAGUGAUGGUGAGGGCAGGAGAAGGGCCUUCUCUGGAUGCAGCACGGAUUCAGUGAGCGGGGCGGGGACGGUGCUCACCCCGCGUCGGAUCUCCUGGCGCCAGCGGAUCUUCCUGCGCGUUGCCUCGCCCAUGAACAAGUCACCGGCCACCAUGCAGCAGAAGGGGACAUUGGAAGAUCACCUUGACGGCAUCGAGUUGCCACCCCUUUCCCCGCUUGCGCCUGCUGUAGAGGAGGACCCCUUGGCCUCUCUGCUGGUGGCGGAUGACGUGCCCGAAGGGGAGAAGAGAAAGCGUUCCUCGGAAGAGCUCCGGCGCAUGUGGCGAAAAGCCAUCUGCCAGCAGAUCCUGUUGCUCCGGAUGGAAAAGGAAAAUCAAAGACUGGAAGCGAGCAGGGAUGAACUUCAGACCAGAAAAGUGAAACUGGACUACGAGGAAUUUGUGCUUUGCCAGAAAGAGGUUUCUGCAGUUUGGGACAAAAUGUUGAGCACCCCAGGAAGGGCAAAGGUCAAGGUUGACAUGGAGAAGGUUCACAUGGCACUUAGUCAAGGUGUUCCGAAGUGUCGGAGAGGAGAGGUUUGGCAAUUCCUCGCCGAGCAGUAUCGGCUGAGACACCGGUUGGCGGAAAAGCAGCAACCAGGAGAUAUCUCGUACAAGGAACUCCUGAAACAACUGACAACCCAGCAGCACGCCAUCCUGGUGGACCUUGGGCGAACGUUCCCCACGCACGCAUAUUUUUCGGCACAGCUGGGAGCUGGGCAACUCUCGCUGUUUAAUCUCCUCAAGGCCUACUCAUUGCUGGACAAGGAGGUUGGCUACUGCCAGGGCAUCAGCUUCAUUGCUGGUGUCCUUCUUCUGCACACAAGUGAGGAACAAGCCUUCGAAAUGCUGAAGUUUCUCAUGUACGACCUCGGCUUCCGUAAGCAGUACAGGCCCGACAUGAUGUCAUUGCAGAUCCAGAUGUACCAGCUAUCGAGGCUGCUACAUGACUACCACCGGGACUUGUACAUACACCUGGAGGAAAAUGAGGUCAGCCCCAGUCUCUACGCUGCCCCAUGGUUUCUCACUUUCUUCGCCUCACAGUUCCCACUGGGAUUUGUUGCCAGGGUUUUCGAUAUAAUGUUUCUUCAAGGGACUGACGUGAUAUUUAAGGUGGCUCUCAGCCUGCUGAGCAGUCAUGAAGCAUUAAUUCUGCAGUGUGACAGCUUUGAGAGCAUUGUCGACUUCGUGAAGUCCACCAUUCCAAAUCUGAGUCACUCACAGAUGGAGAAGACUAUUAUCCAGGUAUUUGAGAUGGAUAUCUCCAAGCAGCUUCAUGCCUAUGAGGUAGAAUACCACGUGUUGCAGGACGAGAUGGUGGAGGGUGCAUCACCGUGUGACGAUGGGGAUCGCUUGGAGAAGCUGGAGAGAGCAAACAGUCAGCUCAAGAGACAGAACAUGGAGUUACUGGAGAAGCUCCAGGCCACCCGCUUCAAGAUCCAGAACCUGGAAUCCAACAUUGAGAGCAUUCUGAGCCGAGAGAAUAAAAUGAAGCUCCUGAUCCGCUCGAUGGAACAGGAGAAGCAGGCCCACCUGAAGACGAUAGAGCACAUGCGCAGGUACUUGCCUCCGGACGUCCUCUCUGACGGGGAGCAUCAGCCGAGGAAAAACUCGGGGGUUUUCCCGUCAAGAAAGCCAGAAGCAAUGGAAGAAGAGGUGGAUAAUAGCGGAGUCAAAAUAAGGAAUAAUAAGCCAUGAGAGAGGGAAGAGUAAGGGGAAAUGCAGCAAGUAGAAGCCCUGUAGCCAUUAUCAGGAGGGAAGUGCAGACUUUACCAGGCCUUUGAGCCACUGCUUCAUACAGGGAGUGUCUCAGAAGAUAUCAUAAUGAAGGCCUUUGUAAAGAAUGGUGAAUGUAGAAAGCUUGGUACCCAAAGUCCUUUUUAUCCAAACAAAAUGCAACAGAACUUUAAUACUUCCAUGGCCAGACUACUCAGUGUUUUUUGCAAGUACAGCAUUGCAGUCGGAUACUGAACAUCUUAACCCCCCGAUGACUACAGGUGCUGUGUUGGAGGUACUCUCUGGUACCACAACUGGGGUGACCUGCUUGAUUGUAAGACAAAAGGACCGGGUGGUGGUUCUAUGACAACUAUUCUCUUCCUGCCAUAUUAGUAACUAGGGUGAGGGGUGCAAGUCAACUCUUUGAGAAAUCAUGUUGGAAAAAAAAUGCAUUUUCUCUGCAAGGAAACAGUGCGCUUCUCGUCUGAUCUGCGGUGGAUAAAAAUAAUCGGAGCGAUUAACUUCUUUGUGACUGCAAAUGGUCGGCAGUCAGCAAAGAAUAGUGAGGGGGGAUGCUUAAGCCAGGACUUGCACAAGUGCCAAAUCCCACUGCUUUCACAUAAGUCAAUGCUGCAGUCUGCCAGUAAAUUGGAAUCUCUUCCCCAAGCAAAAUAACCAGCUAAAGUCUGAAGAAGGACAAUAUUAAGAAAUCAAAAAAAAAAUCGGAACUGCCACAACUGUUUCAUCCAACCAGUGAGUUCCACAGUGUUUAAUCCUCCACUGUGUGUGUGUUUGCAAGAAAUAUAACCAAAUCAUAUAAAAUGAUGUCUGUACUCUAUGUAACGGUGCAGUUUCUGUAAAACAAAGUCUAUUUUCUCCUUUACAGUG